CAAUUUCCAGUCAACCAUCUGUGCCGUUUAAUUUAACUGUCUUUUUAAACGGCGUGAAAAGUUCUACAAAGAUAUAGAUUAUAAUAAUAGAUAAAAAAAAUUCGUUGAAGGAAGUUUGUUUUUAUUUAACAUGACAAAAUCAAGUGUCGUAACUAUUAUUCCGUUUUUUUACCUGAUUCUGUGUUUAGUCAACGGUCAAAAUAAAUUUAACGAUUGGAGCGACUAUAUUAAAAGCUGUGGCCAGAAAACACGAGAGCGAAUUUGCAAUAAACCACCAUGUAAUGGACAAAAAAAAGAAACAGAACACGCAUACUCACAAUACCAAAAUGCCAUGCAAACUUAUUUCAGAAGUUUCAGUCGAGUUGUGUAUAAAGACGAAAUAAAUAAUUCAGUGGAGAACAUAUCUCGAUUGGUGUGCCUUAUGAACUGCCAACGUGACCAGACUUGCCAACAAAAGGUGUUUCAUGUAGAGGAAGGAAGUCAUUUUGGAAUUUGUUUUGAUUUUAAAACUCUUACAAAGAAAGAAAUGAGGAAAAAGGAUAGAAAAGUACUAUCAGCGACACCAGCAGAAGUAUAUAACCGAAUCUAAAACCAGGAUAGUUUUACUUAAAUACACAAUCUUAAGGAAGUUAAUUACCAUAACGUAUUAAAUUAACAAUUUCUAACUCAUAUGUAAGUCGAAGACCAACAAUGUAUUGGUUUUAAAUAAUAUAUUUUGAGACCUGCAGUCUCAUCUGCAA